GAGGAACAGGAAACCGUCAGAACUCCUCGGACCGUACUGAAGGAGGACAGUCAGUUCGAGUGGUGCGGACUUUGUUUUGAUGAUUACAUUGACCCUCGGAUGCUUCCCUGUUUCCAUACCUAUUGUAGUAGGUGUCUGAAAGACUACAUUGACCAGACUGAAGAUUCUGGUCAGUUUGCUUGUCCACUGUGUAAAUUCAGACACGCAGUCCCUGUGGACGGAAUCCAGGGUUUUAAGCCCAACAUUUACAUCACGGCUCUGCAGGCGACUAAACAUCUGACGGAGACUCUUUGUGAAACGUGUGAUGACAACGAAACGCGUGCAGAGACCUACUGCUUGGAAUGUAAACAGAAUUUUUGCGCCAGAUGUGGAAUGAUUCAUUUAAAGAUGAAAAUGUCGAAAUCUCACCAUUUGGUUUCAGAAAAACCAGACGAACACGGCCAGAAGAUGACGUCACAUUCCUAUUGUGAUGAACAUAAACAGGAAAUAAGCGUCUUCUGUUUCAAAUGCAGACUGCCAGUUUGUCCAACUUGUCGAGAUGAAGCCCAUAAACUUCAUAAUACACGAAGCAUAUCAGAGUUUGCUCAUGAAGUAAAGAAAGAAUUGACCGAAUCGGUUAGUUUUUUGAAAAGUUACAUGCCCUCGCUGAAAGACAGACUGAAAGAUGUUGAAACACACGAAAAUGCAUUUUUGAAAGUGAGAAAAGGUUUAAUCGCAUUAGUAGAGACACGUGCUGAGCAACUGCAUAAAGAAAUUGAUCAUCUCAAAGAAAAAUUCAUUACUCAGAUAAAUUCAGAAAUCCAAAUAGAGGAGGACAGAUUAGUCAUUUUCAAGAACAGAGUGUCAGAGGCGAUAACGUUCGUCACUUCCCACGUAGCAGCAGCAAAACACUGUAUUGACUUCGGCUCGAAUCAAGACAUAGUCGUCAGCAAAGAAACUUUACAGUUUCAUCUGCAGGAAGCUUCGAAGAUGUUGCCUGUGGGAUUCAUUCCUCAGUUCGAACUGAACUUCACGGAACCAAAAACAGAGGAAACUAUACUACCAGAAAUGUUUGGCAAGAUCUCCAAACAAGGCACCACAGCUAUAGCCGUCUCAGAAUGUGGACACUAUAAAGUUCCAGGAAUGCAUUUGAUUCGCGGGAUAGCACCUAUAUCUGGAGGAAAAGCAUGGGUGGUCUGUGGAUUCGACCCACGCCUCCACCUCGUUAGCCGUCUCGGCAUACGUUUACGCACGAUUAAAGUCGGAAAGGACAUAGACAUAGAUUACAUCACUUCCGACGAUCAUGACAACGUGUAUAUUUCAUGUCGGAAGAAUCAAUGCAUUAAACUGCUAAAUAAAGACAUUAGGAUUCGCGACUUGGUGCUUUUGAAUGACUUUCCGAGAGGAAUAGCGUUAUCACAGUCAGGGGAUCUUCUCAUCUGUCUAACCAAGUCGAGCACGUAUGACGACUAUCGCCCUUCCGAUAAAAACGUCCUCAUAAAAUAUUCUAAAGUGGGAAGCAAGGUCAUUGCUGAUUUUGAGAGAGCGAACUUCCAAAUGAAGUACCCUAGAAGAAUUGCAGAAAAUCUUAACGGCGACAUUUAUGUUUCGGAUCACAAAGAUGGAUGUGUUCAUAUUAUAUCGUACGAUGGAAAAAUUAAGCGCAAAUACACAGGAACAGAGUCUAAAAAACUAGGCGAGCCAUGUGGAAUCACGUGUGAUCGCUACGGUAACGUGAUCAUUGCGGACUAUAAAGGCAAUUGCAUCCAUCUUUUGGACCAGCAGGGACAGUUCGUUAGUCACCUAACCAAAUCAGAUAGUGUUAUAAAGCAGCCCUUCUCUGUCGCUGUGGACAGUGAUGGCUACUUAUGGGUGGGUGGCUCCAAUGGAAUGGUAAAGAUAUUCCAAUAUCUAUUAUGAUAUAGAAUGUCACGUAAGACAAUCCGGACGAGGUCUACAAUACAUUUG